AUGACCACUAAUUCUUCUUCUUCUUCAUUAUCCUCGUCCUCCUAUUAUCCUUCAUCGAAUUCAUCGGUCAUGUCCUCUUCUUCCUCAUCGGGAAAUAGUCUCCACAACAACAAUAACAACAAUCAUUCCUCCUACAUGACCAUGAUGAUGAAUCCAACAACAAUAACCUCCUCCUCCUCAUCCAACAACAACAAUUCCUCUCAUAUUCAACAACCACACAAUAGUAGCAGUGGUGGUAGUAGUAGUACUUUGACAAGUAACACCACAACAACCGAUCAUUUGACUCAACUCAUGAAUACUGUCACUCUAGUGAGCCAACAACAUCCAUCCAAUUAUUCUCCUUUAUUGAACAGUGGAAGUAGUGGUGGUGUUGGUGGUGUUCCAAUGAAUCAACAUCAUCAUUCCACUCAUGGAUCUUCGUUUUUUAAUUCAUUGAGUGGAGUAAUGAGUUCAGAAAAUCCUUUUCAUCAUCAUUCACAUCAAUUUGGAUCCAAUGAUUCCUUGAUGAUGAAUAAUUUAACUUCUUCCAUGUUUCAGCAAGUGAAUGUGGAUGCAAGUGUCACAUCAUUGCUUGGAUCGAGUGGAGCCAUUCCUUCUCAAUCAAAUGUCAACUUGUCAAAUUUGACAGAUGCCCAUGUAUUUGAAAAUUCGAUACAAAAUCAACAAUUAUUGACAUCCUCUUUCCUUUCUGCAUCCACUUCCAAUGUCUAUCCUCCAACUGCCAUCUCAAAAGCAACUCUAUUUGGUAAAAUUAAUCAACAACGAGCAGGAUUUCCAGUUUGUUACAAUGUUCAAACUGCAAAAGUGACCAUUAAAUUAUUUAUCAAUCAGAAUGCAUCAUCUCCAAUUCUAACCAUGACACAAAACAGAGUUUAUCAAUACAAUGAAUUUGAAAAACUAGUCCCUAAAUUGAAUCCAAAUGAAAUUGCCAUUUUUGGAUUUGUGGUAUUUUGUGAAAAUUCCUCUAAAAAGAGAGAAGUAUUAACACCCAUUGAUACCUACUAUAGUCAAUCUGUGAACAAUGCUGAAUACAGUGUCAAUGUUGCCAUUGGUACCUAUGGAAGAAAAUGCAGUGCUGAUCUUGUGAAACAUUGUGGAUUUAUUGUGGCCUAUCGAAUGGAUCGAGAUGCUUUUAUGAAACAAUCGAAUGGCACAUUUUUCAGUGAAGAAACAGCACCGUUUGAUAAAGCAUUUGUACAGGAAGUGAGAUUUGGAUUUCGAAAAAAGGCAGGAAGAGAGAAAUUACCACUCAUUAACGAACCCAUUUUAUGUGACGUUUCAAAACCUAUUGAAUAUUAUGAUUUUACAAGUAAUCAACAAAUUAACAAAUUGGAUGAUUUGUUGUACACACAUUAUCAACCCAUUACUCGAUUUGUCACAAGUGUUCAAGAGGCAGCAGAUGCUGUUGUGACACAACCCUUAGAUUCACUUUCUGUUAAAGAUAUUAAGAAUAUGACUGGAACUGGAAAUAGAAUUCUCUCACCUUCUGCGGCGACAACCACAACAACCACAACGACCACUUCGAUGGAUGACAGUACUUCGGAACAAACGGCACAUUUGGAAUCUGCAUUUCCAUCGUUAAUGGUACAACAACCAUCUUCACAACCACCACCACAACCACCACAACAAACAUCAAAUCCAUCAAUAGUUUCCAAUCCUCCAAGUGACAUGACACCUACUCAUGAAGAAGAUGGUUUUGAUAUGUAUAUUAACAUGUCUAUUAUGGAAAAUUUAUCAAAAUCGAGUAUUGAACGAUGGGCACCCAUUGAACCCAUUGUGAAUGAACAUCCAAGUUAUUUGGCUGUUUUGUUGGGUCUUAUUUACUCGAGAGGAUCCUUUUUAAUUGUAGAAAACAAAAACUCUUCGAAUAUUCCAAUUAAUAUUAAUGCCAUUUCCACACUACUCACUAAAUACUAUGGUACAGUCACAGUAGGAACACUUGUUGGCAAUGUGCAAAUUGAUUUGAAAGAUGUGUUCAUGAAUAAUGAUAUUAAUUUGCUUUUGGUCUAUCUUCAAGUCAAGGAAUUGGUUCCAUGUUUCAUUGCUGGUGUUUAUUUGUAUUGUUUACUUUAUUACACGAAGAGUGAUUUGGACAAGCAAGUGAUGAAGGAUUAUGUUGUAAAUAUGAGAACGAUUUAUACACAAGUGACACAACAAUUCUAUUUGGAGGAUUUCAAAACCACGUUGGAUAUUGGUGACGCUUUGGCACGAGAUUACUCUGUGGAAUUUAUGAAUUUGGCAUUUAAAAAGUUGAAGAAUUACACUGUAAAAAUUGGAAAGUAUUAUAACAAGUUAAUGGCAGAGCAUGGUAUUGAACAAAUUCCCCAAAAUGUAGAAUUUAACAAGCAAGAGCGUUUGGAGACUGUCAUCAAUGGACUUAGCAACUUUUUCCUUGGUAAUGAAAAUCAGAAAAAGAGAGAACGAGGAAUUGAAUAUUCUGGAGCUGGCUCUAGUUUUACAGGAAGUGAUUUUGUUAUACACAACAAACCAAGGAGAACAUUUGCUCUUCAAAAGUAUGAGGAUCAGAAACUUAAAGUUUUCGAGGCUGAUCGAAAUCUCAUGUACAUGCAAUCAUGUUAUUCCUCCAAUUCUAUUGCGGAAAACGCUGAAGUUCUACAAACAUUGUGCGAAUUGGAAAUGAGACGAUUACAGUUGGAAAAAGAAUUUGAAGAAAAAUUACGCUUAUUGGCAGAGAAAGAAAGAAACAUGUUUUAA